AUGUCCUCCACCGAAGCCAUCAUCGUCAACAAAAUCACGCCCGCCUACUGGUGUGCAACCUUCAACAACGGCACCCUCAACCUCUUCGGUCCCGAAGGCCACAUCGCCCUCAAGAAGCUCAUCAAAGACCUCGAAUCCGACAAGUCCGUCCGCGUCAUCGUCUUCGACUCCUCCAGCCCCGACUUCUCCUCCGCCUGCGACUUGCGCUUUGCCAGCCGCGAGCGCGCAGUCUUUUGCCAGCCAGAGGUCGGGGCUGGCAUCAUCCCUGGCGGCGGAGCCUUCGAGUUGCUUCCUCGGAGGGUUGGCCGCGCAAGAGCGUUGGAGAUUCUCCUCAGCUCGGACGACUAUGACGCUACGACGGCUGAGUUGUAUGGAUGGAUCGACCGCGCCGUUCUGGACGCCGAGUUUGACGACUUUGUUGACAAGUUUGCUCGUCGAAUUGCAAGCUUUGACGCCCAGCUCCUGAUUGAGACGAAGCGCGUCGUGGAUUCUCGCUGGGGGAUGCCGAGCCAAGUCGACUUUGCUGCUGGAAUGGCCCUUUUUGGAGAAUCCACCAAAUGGCCCUCUGCUGCUCGUAUGAAGGCCCUUUUCGACAAAGGCCUGCAGAGUGAUGAAGAGGUUGAACGUAAUCUGGGUGCGGUCCUCGAAACUGUUACUGAGCGAGACUUGAGUAAGUAUAGAGAGUAG